UACGACGUGGGCAAAAACAAAACAAAACUGCAUACUAGCAUGCUAGUCAGGCAAAAAGCUAUGCCAGUAAUACAACAGUGCACGUUACUGUAGCCUACUAUUUAGUGUAGUAGUAUGCACUUCUUCAACUUCCUUUUUUAGGACCUAUAUAACGGAGGCAAAUGGAGGUACCCAAGAAGCUGCUGAACUCUGUGGAGCAGUGUGUAGAUGAGGCCCUGGAGGGCAUUGUGAGCUGCAAUGGGGGAUUGGUGCUCCUAAAGGGUCACAGGGUGGUAAUACGCUCUGACCUUUACAACCUGAAAGGCAAAGUGGCACUGAUCUCUGGAGGAGGCUCAGGACAUGAACCUGCACAUGCUGGCUAUAUUGGAAGAGGGAUGCUAUCAGCUGCUGUAGCAGGAGCAGUUUUUUCCUCCCCUCCUCCUGGCAGUAUUCUGGCAGCCAUUAUGGCCCUCUGGCAGAGUGGUGCUUCAGGUGUCCUGCUGGUGGUUAAGAACUACACAGGUGACCGUCUGAACUUUGGCCUAGCUGCAGAGAAAGCCCGGGCACAAGGGGUGCUUGUGGACAUGGUAGUUGUGGCUGAUGACUGUGCUUUUACACAGCCUAGCAAAGCAGGCAGGAGAGGACUCUGUGGAACUGUGUUUAUUCAUAAGCUGGCUGGAGCACUGGCUGAGGAAAGCUGUCCAUUAGAUGUGAUUGUCACUAAAGUGUCAAAGGCAGCAAAAAACAUUGGGACUCUGGGUAUCAGUCUGUCUCCCUGCAGUGUCCCAGGAUGCCUACCCACAUUUCAACUUCUGCCAGGAGAUAUGGAGAUUGGACUGGGGAUCCACGGAGAGCCAGGCAUUAAAAAGUCAAAGAUAGCUUCUGCUGAUGAGGUUGUCAAGACUAUGAUUGUUCACAUGACAGACCCGUCCAGCCAAUCGCAUCUGCCUCUGAAAUCAGGUGACAGUGUGAUCCUCUGCGUGAAUAAUCUUGGUGCUCUAUCCUGUUUGGAGAUGGCUGUUGUCACCAGAGCUGCCAUCAACUGUUUAAAUGGACGAGGAAUUCAGGUUGCCAGGGUGAUGUCUGGCACGUUCAUGACAUCGCUGGAGAUGGCAGGCGUGUCUCUGUCUCUCAUGAGAGUGGAUGAGGAGAUACUCCGACUUUUCGAUGCAAAAACCUCAGCCCCUGCCUGGCCCAACCUCAACAGUGAGUGUUUAAGUGGGAGGAACCUGUAUCUGGAAGCUACAGCAAGACCGGCUUUGACUGAAACAAAAUCUGAACAAGGUCCAUUUUCUUCUGUGGCACGUCUAGCUUUGGAAUCUAUAUGCAAAGCCCUCUUACAACGCAAAGAAGAGCUCAAUGCCCUGGAUCGUGCAGCAGGAGAUGGAGACUGUGGGAGCACACAUGCUCUUGCCGCUACUGCUAUCGAAGAGUGGAUGCAGGUCAACACCGUCCCAGGAAAUCCGUGUCAACUCCUGACAGCUCUUGCCGGGUUGGUGGAGGAGAGAAUGGGUGGAUCGUCUGGAGCACUGUAUAGUCUGUUCCUGACAGCAGCUGCACCCCAAUUAAGGGAAAGUGGUGAUGGAAAAGACUGGGCUAAAGCUAUACAGGCUGGGACUGAAGCUAUGAAAAGGUAUGGAGGUGCUGAACCUGGAGACAGAACAAUGCUGGAUGCACUGUGCCCUGCAGUGGAUGAACUGUUGAAAUUAUCCACAGCUCCUCCAGGUGGCCAUAUUGUUGUACUACAGGCAGCAGUGGAGAAAGCAGAGUUGGGUGCACAGUCUACCCGGGAGCUCUCUGCCAAAGCAGGUCGAGCGAGUUACAUUGCAUCCGAACGCCUGACUCAGCCUGACCCUGGUGCUGUGGCUGUUGCUGCCAUUCUCCGAGCUGUGUUUGAUUCUCUGAAAGGGAGCAACCAGUGAUCUGCACUGGUGUCGUGACAUAGUAGUACAUUAGGGAGAGGACACUAUUGUUCGAAGCAAAACCAAACUAAUAUACACAAUACAAUAAAUAAUCUACAACAGAGAAUGUUCAACAAUAA